UAUAUUUUAUAUUCAAGUCAACUAUUGAUAUUUGAUAGUAAUUUUUUUUCUUCAAUUAAGCUUAGAUUCACUGAAGCAGCUCUGUUUUGUUAAUAAUUAGUUUACUAGUGAGUGACAAGCGUGACCAGAUUUAGUUUACUAGUAGUGAGUGAGUGACCAGAUUCAUCGAUUAUUUGCAAAUUUUGAUAUGUCUGAGUUGAAAGAUGAGUAAAAAAGCUUGGAGAAAUGUUUUCCUUUUCAAUUUCUUGCUUCCGGCGAUAUUAUUGCCCGCACAAACGGCGACGGCGCAGAGGCUGAGCUCAACAGUUCCGGUGAACAUUGGAGUUGUUCUUGACAUGGAUGAUUGGGCUGGAAAAAUUGCUUUGAGCUGCAUUAAUAUGUCCCUCUCUGACUUUUAUGCUAAUCAUUCUGCUAAUUACAAAACAAGGCUCGUCAUUCAACCCAGAAACUCCGGAAAACAAGUUGUCGGCGCCGCUGCUGCAGAUUUGAUAAAAAUUAUGGAAGUGCAAGCGAUAGUAGGUCCAACAACAUCAAUGCAGGUAGAUUUUGUCGUUCAUCUUGGAGAAAAAGCUCAGGUGCCGAUUAUAUCAUUUUCUGCGUCUAGUACUUCAAUUCACAGUCCAUACUUCUUCAGAGCGACACUGAAAGACUCAUAUCAAGCUCAAGCCAUCACUGACAUAAUUCAAGCAUUUGGAUGGAAGGCAGCAGUGCCAAUCUAUGCCGAUGAUGUAUUUGGAGAGGGAAUUAUCCCCCAUUUAACUAAUUCUUUGCAAGAAUACGGUAUCCACAUUCCGUAUUGGAGUGCUGUUUCCCCAUCGGCCAACGACCAUCAAAUUGUUGAAGAGCUUUAUAAUGUAAUGUCUAAGCAAAUUACAGUUUUCAUUGUGCACAUGUUUCCCACCUUAGGGUCUCGGGUUUUGGCCAAAGCUAAGGAAGUUGGAAUGUUCGGUGCAGGCUAUGUUUGGAUAUUAACUGAUAGUAUGACAGAUGCGUUGAGUUCAUCAGAUCCUUCUGUCAUUGGCUUAUUGCAAGGGGUGUUAGGUGUUAAACCUUUUAUUCCGAAAUCAAAAGAGAUGGACAAUUUUCGAGUUCGAUGGAAAAAGAAGUUCCUUCAGGAUAAUCCUGAUGAAGUUGAUGCUGAGCUGAACAUAAACGGACUGUUGGCAUAUGAUGCUGUAACUGCUUUGGCAAUGGCAGUUGAGAAUGCAGGGAUGACAAAUUUAGGCUACGAGAGAGAAAAUGUUUCCAGUACACGAGAUCUUGAGAGUUUGGGGGUUUCUCGAAAUGGUCCAGACCUUGUUCAGGUUUUGUCAAAUAUUAGUUUCCAAGGCCUUACAGGAAAAUUCCACUUUGUUAAUGGGCAGUUGGAUUCGUCGUUGCUGUGUUACCAAGUGGUUAAUGUGAAUGGUGAUGGAGCAAGAGGAGUUGGAUUUUGGACAGCACAAAAAGGACUUGCCAGAAGUUUAGAUUCCUUAAAUACUACAGCUCGCUCUGCUUCUAAAAAGGACCUUGCUCAUAUUAUAUGGCCCGGAGAUUCAGUUUCUGUUCCUAAGGGUUGGGACGUUGCACCAAAAGGGAAAAAACUGCGCAUAGGAGUGCCAGUAAAGGAAGGUUUCCGUGAAUUCAUACAUUGGGAAAGAAUUCCUGAUACCAACACCUUCACAUUCUCAGGAUUCUGCAUAGAGCUUUUUGAAGCUGCAGUAAAUCUAUUGCCAUAUAAUUUGCCUUUUGAAUAUAUCCCGGCUGACAUCUCUAAUGGAAGCUAUGGUGCUUACGACGAUUUGGUCUUUCAAGUGUACGUAGGGGCAUUUGAUGCUGCAGUCGGAGACAUUAGCAUUUUAUCCAGCAGGUCGUAUUACGUAGAAUAUACUUUGCCUUAUCUAGAAGAAGGUGGGUUUUCAAUGAUCGUUCCAAUGGAAGACCAUAACAGUAGGAAAACAUGGGUUUUCUUGAAGCCUUUGACAUGGGGGGUUUGGGUGACAAGCAUUUGUUUCUUCAUCUUCAUCGGAUUCGUAAUCUGGGUUCUUGAACAUAGAGUAAAUGAGGAUCUUCAAGGAACUACUUCCCAUCAAAUUAGCAUUAGCUUCUGGUUUUCUUUCUCAGCCAUGGUCUUAUCAAGCUGGGAGAAUGUGAUGAGCAAUUUGGCAAGAAUGGUAGUAAUUAUAUGGUGUUUUGUUGGACUAGUUCUCACGCAAAGUUAUGCUGCUGCCUUAUCGAGCUUUCUAACUGUUCGGCAGCUUCAGCCUACCGUUAACAAUCUAAAUGAACUCAUUUACAGGAGAGAUAACGUGGGCUACCAGCGAGGUUCUUUCAUUUUUGGACUACUAAAAAGCUUGGGAUUUAGUGGGUCUCAACUUGUACCGUAUGGUUCUGCCGAAGAAUGCGAUCAACUUCUUUCUAAAGGAAGUAAGUAUGGCGGUAUCGCUGCUGCUUUUGAUGAAGCGGCAUAUAUCAACAUCAUUCAAACACAAACAUGUCCAAAAUAUACGGUGGUUGAACCCAGAUUGGAUUCUCAACAGUUCAUAUCCAGCGUGUUUGGUUUUGUCUUCCCUAAAGGAUCCGUUCUGUCAUCUGACAUAUCAAUGGCAAUUCUAAAACUGAAGGAGAGCAAUAAAAUUAAGGAACUCGAAAAUAAAUGGUUUGUAACAAGAACCAAUUGUACAGUUGGUAGUGAACCAAUUUCCAGUAGACUUGGUCUUGAUAGUUUCAGUGGCCUGUUCUUGAUUGCUGGAAUUGCUUUAGUUCUAGUGCUUCUGACAUACGUAGGGAUGAUUGCUUAUGAGAGGAGAGACGUUUUUUGAUGAAUCCAAGUGUCUCAAUGCGGAGUAGAAUUCUUGAUGUGUUAAAGAUGUUGAAGAAGCAUUCGACGAAAUCACAAAAUGCUUCAAGCCAAUCGUUCCCAGGAGAUAAAAGUGGAGAACAAGGGCUGCAAUCAGGUUCUGCAUAAUAUACGAAUACAAGACCGAAUGUGAAAACUCAUUAAGGGCGGUUUAUCAAAUAUCCAAAUCAAGUAAGACCCGCAACAUCUACUGAGAAAAGGCAAGCGAAUUCUUGAUUUCUAAAUUUAGUAUGUUUAUAUCUGUAAAUAAUGAACAUAAGUACUUCUAUAGGAUUAUCAUAAUUUUGAUUGAUUGUACAGUUUAUGCAGAUUGGUCUUAAUAGAUAAUGCUGCUGCUAUAUAAAGCCACAUGCAACAUUAGAUGAAAAUCUUUCAAUUAAUGUAAAUUUCUUACCUAAA